CUACCCGCCGCCAUUAUGAACAUCCGCAGUGCUCGGCCAGACGACCUGAUGAACCUGCAACCUUGCAACCUCCUUUGCCUUCCGGAGAACUACCAGAUGAAAUACUAUUUCUACCAUGGCCUUUCCUGGCCCCAGCUCUCUUACAUCGCUGAGGAUGAAGACGGGAAGAUUGUGGGCUACGUCCUGGCCAAAAUGGAGGAGGACCCAGAUGCUGGCCCCCACGGACAUAUCACCUCCCUGGCUGUGUAGCGUUCACACCGGUGCCUCGGCCUGGCCCAGAAGCUGAUGGACCAGGCCUCCCGGGCCAUGAUAGAGAACUUUAAUGCCAAGUACGUGUCCCUGCAUGUCAGGAAGAGUAACCGGGCAGCCUUGCACCUCUAUUCUAACGCUCUCAACUUUCAGGUUAGUGAGGUGGAACUCAGAUACUAUGCAGAUGGAGAAGAUGCUUGUGCUAUGAAGCCGGGUCUGUCGCAGAUGGCAGAUGAGCUGAGGAGGCAGCUGGAGCUGAAGGAGAAGGGCAGGUAUGUUGUGCUGGGCUCCAGGGAGAACCAGGAGGUCCAGGGCAGCACAUUUCCUGGUUCCGAAGAGGCCUGUCGAGAGAAGAACCCGGCCACUGAUGAUAGUGGCAGUGACAGCAAGGAACCCAGCGAGUCCACGGAAAGCCCCCGUGCCCGGGACAGCUCAGAAGACUCAGACUCCACCUCCUAG